ACUGUUUGCCUGAAUUAAAUGAUUGUCAAUAACUUGUCCAUCAACUCUCUCUCCUCCAACUUUCACAAAUAACAAAUAUAUUAAUGGAGCCUUCCCCUUCCAUUCUCCUGCUACUCUCUCUCUCUCUCUAACAUAAAAGUAUACAGAUAAACAGAGAAUUAAAAAAGUUGGAGCCUUGCACUUCAUUUUCCUUCUGUCUUUGAGAUCACAACACUGGAGUGGAAAUUAUGCCAAACACCCUGGCCAAAAACCUAAAUCUCUGCUUCAAAAAGAUCAGAUCCCCAUUAACUUCCCAACCUUCCUCUUCCUCGCCGCUAACCCCAGAUGAUGACAGCCGUCCACUAACCUCAUCCGCCGCCACCGCUUCAUCACCUCUCUUCAAAAACUACAACUCCCUCUAUGACAACACCUUCGACUACUCAACCUCCAAAUCCUUGACGCACUCCUCUCUCUCCUUUGACCCAGACCCCUUCCCUGAAUCCGACUCCGAACCCGACUUCGCCACCGUUUUUGCUUCGCACCGCUUCUUUUUCACUUUUCCGGGUAGCUCCAACUCCAUCAUUGAAUCAACAGUACCGUCAUCAAUCGCCACCACUCCCGAGUCAUCAGAUACUCUAUUACCCAGCAGUUCCAGUCCCAACAAUGACGCAAAUCAAUCCUCUAACCACGGUUGCGGUGAUCGACCGAGUGAAGAACAUGGCCACCCAAGGACCGUUGAAAACAGCGUAGCUGUCCCAACCUUCUCUCCCAACCCGUACAUGGAUUUCAGGACAUCCAUGCAGGAAAUGGUGGACGCACGUCACUUAAUCGACGUCAAGGCUAACUGGGAAUACUUGCAUGAGCUUCUCUUGUGUUACCUCGCAUUGAAUCCCAAAAGUACGCACAAGUUUAUUAUAGGAGCAUUUGCGGAUCUUCUUGUUAGCCUAAUGGCAGCGCAGGGUGGCGGCAACAACAACGACGGAAAGAUCGGUGACGGUAAGAUUCCGGGGAAGUGCAUGUAAAAUAUGUAAUGUUAUCACCAAUUGAUUGCGGAUCAGAAUAUUGAUUAAUUAUCUAAAUGAGUAAUAUAUACAUGUGGGGAACUAAAAAGUUUGUUCCCAUUGUUUUUUGUCUCA